AGCCAAGUCUUCUGUCAGUAAUUCGUUUGUCUGUCUGCAUCGCAGAUCUGUGUGGAAAUGGUUUUUGGUUCGCCGGUGGCAGACGCAGAACUGUGAUUGUCGAGUCGGCGAACUGUACUGCUUUUCACAUUAAGCGGUUAAAGGAGUGAUUCACGACUAGGGAUACCUCCAUAGUCCAUUCCAUUCGAGAGGUAUCUGCUAAUUCCUGCGAAAUCUUCCUCGUCGAUUAGGUUAUUGCAAAUUCAAUCCCGCUGUUCUUCCCGUACAGAUUCUGGUAACCAUGGAUGAAAUUAUGAAGGGAGACAAGCUUGUAUUAAGGGGGAUGAUGUUUCAUGGGUACCAUGGGGUGAAGCCAGAAGAAAGAAAAUUGGGCCAGAAAUUCUUGGUGGAUGUGGAUGCCUGGAUGGAUCUUCAAGCCGCUGGGAAUUCUGAUAACCUCUCAGAUACUGUCAGCUAUACCGACAUUUACCGCGUGGUUAAGGCAGUCAUGGAAGGAUCUCCCCACAACCUUCUGGAAUCUGUAGCUCAACUGAUUGCGACUACGGCAUUGAGCAAGUUUCCCCAGGUUUCAGCUGUCCGGGUACAGGUAGGAAAGCCACACGUGGCUGUGGUUGGUCCUGUCGACUACUUGGGCGUCGAAAUUAUUAGACAUCGUACCACUGGUGAGCAAACUUAAGGUAACUCUCUUCAACCUUAAUUCUCGAACUUUCCUGUUGAACCUUCUUUGCUCGUUUGUUGCACAUUCUGUUUAUAAUCGUCGCUACUCUGUCAAGUUUUCCCUGAUAAUUAUGUUGAAAAGUAGAAGAAUUUUCUCCUCUGUUGCUUGGCAACUCGGAAAUGGCGUCGAAAGGGUUCCGAUGCCGGGCUAUUGUUGACAUAGGGAUAGACAUAACUUAAGUCAUGCUUGAUGAAGGUAGAAAAUAGAACAAAAGCUUGGGUGUGUUUGGAUGUCCCAACCCCCUUUUUCUUUCUUCCUCUUCAAAAAUAUCAAAAUACUACAUCGGUCUGAUUCCAAGGCUGUUUUUGCGUA